AUGCCGACUGAUAAAUUAUUCGAGAAGAUUGCACACAUCUUAGUGAAUCUGAACACGGAUGUUGUAAUAGAGCAAUGCCCAUUUUUGAUGGUCGCGAUAGGAACAAUUUUAAAGGAGGUGAAUUACAUCAUACACGAGAAAGAGGUGAACAGUCUAAAGGAGAUGAUAGAGUGCUUAUUCAACGAUUGGGUAACGACACGGCCGAAAAGUGAAAUGGACAUUAUGGACAAGUACGCUAAAAGAGUAAACGGACUGUUUUGCUACGUUAUAUUCACCUCAGUGGCGAUUACGCCUCGUGUUCUCGACCUUAUUUCACCGAAAAACGAAUCGCGUGGGGUUGACUUCAUUUAUCCUGCAUACUACGGUCUCGACGAGGAGGAACAUUAUUACAUUCUGAUGGGUCACAUGCUCUGCGUGAUAACUGUAGUGUUUUUCGUCUACAUCUCCUGUGACACGAUCUACAUGAAUAUCGUGCAACACGCGUGCGGAUUACUGAACGUCUCUGGGCAUUGCUUCAAGUGGGCAGUGGAAACUGUGAUUACCAAGAACGAGAAGAUGCACACCGAAGUGGACGACACGUAUAGAAAAGUGCGCCAUUCGAUCAAGGCUCAUCAACACGCUAUGGAAUAUAUUAUGCAGAUCGAAGACGUUCACGUCUCGUACCUGUUCAUAAUGGUCGCUGUAGUCGUGCUGUCGUUCAGUAUCUCUCUAGUCAGGACGUCCAUGAUGGACCCUUGCAUGGAGUUCUACAAGUAUUGCGGUUUCUUGGUGGUGCAACUGGUUCAUUUGCUUUUCCUUUCUAUCCAGGGACACUUUAUUAUACUCUCGCAUGACAUGACUUACGACAACAUAUAUAGCGCAAAAUGGUACAACAGUUCGCCGAGAACGCAAACUCUGUACGUGCUAGCUUUGAGGAGGAGCUUGACUCCGCCAUUGCUCACUGCGGGAGGACUGAUUUCCUUGAAUUUGGAGACUUUUGCCGAGUAUGCCAGGAUCGUCACUUUUCCCAGGAUACAUAUCAUACUAAACGAUUAUCCUUACUUGAUAACUUCGCUCGGGGUAAUCGUCAAAUUUGCUUCGAAAUUUCAGCUGAAAUAUCUUCUUGGAAAGAUCUACGAAGACUGGAGAGCCAUGACGUCGGAGGAUGAGUACAAGAUCAUGACGAAAUACGCGGAGAAAGGGAUUUUCAGUGUCAUACUCUAUAUUCUGCAUAUAUCGUUAUGCGCCGCUCUAUUUAUGUGCUUGCCGUUCGUGUCGCCGAUUCUGGACAUCCUUAUGCCGUUGAACGAGACGCGAGCACGGUUGUUCGUCUAUCCAGCUUACUAUUUCGUCGACGAGGACAAAUAUCAUUACUUGAUCGUAGGGCAUAUGUAUCUUGUAGUGGUAAUGCUUAUCUCUGUUUUCUGCGCCUGCGAUGCCAAUUACGUGUACGCCGUGCAACACGCUUGCGGAUUGUUGGCCAUUGCAGGAAAUUUCGUUGGCUUUUGUUUAGCUGAAAACAAUUGUCUGUUGGUAGAUAUCGUUUUAAAUACGCCUGCUAUGAGGUAA